AUGACGCGCUCUAUAGUGCUAAACCCGGGGGAGCCCGGAUCUCCGCGAGUCUUCGUAGCAUUUGCGCAACCGGAUGCACCAGUAAACCAAGUAUACCUCAAGGUACAGCCGGAUGGGGGGCUUAUCAUUUACAUGGCGUCUUCUAUCGACAGGUCACUGCAGCAAGUAUUCGACUACUACGCUUACAACGGAUUUAUGACAGCGUGCGGCUUCACUAAAAUGUGCGUGGAUAACAAGCUGUUUCCGGCCAAUAAGAAGACUGAUCCCUUGCAGCACAUCUUCAAGACCACUGCAAAGGGGGAGCGGUGCAUUGAGUACGACUCCUUUUUGCAGCUCCUUCACCUUUUGUCCAGGCUGAAGUUUCGGAAAGCUAAUUUGCCGGAGCAAGAUGCGGUAAAUGCCCUAAUCGCCCAUUUGUUGCAUAUCUCUCCUCGGCGUCAGCGGUUCCACAGGCUGGUCCACUGUGGAGUUCAGGUGGCACCAUGCUGUGUCGAGAAGUCAUGCGAGGCAAUGCCGGAAAUAAAAGAAGCAAGCGUGGAUUGUGUGCCUAGACUAAUGGAUCAGGUGGUACAGGAACGCCCGCAAACGGAAGAAGUAGGAAUCAUGGAGAAGGCUGAGUUGAAAGACGCCGGGGAGCAAGUCGAAUUGGAAGGCAAGAGCGCCGAGAUUCAAGUAGAUAUAGAAGCAGAAGAGAGGGAGAAGGAGGAAAAGGAGCGUGAGGAACAGGAAAGAAAAAAGAAGGAGGAGGAAGAAGAGGAAGCCAGAAGAAAAGCUAAAGAGUCGCCCCCUCCUCCCCCAAAGACAUUCACUGAUGUUGAGACACAGACAGAAUACUCAGGAAAAGACGCCCUGAACGACGUGGACACGCAGAAGCAGCCGGCGAUUCUUACGGCUCUCCGAGGAGAACAAGAUAGCUUGUUGUAUAGAGCAUUCUGUCUCUACAGCGAAUUUGUUCCAGAAGCCAGCGAAAAUCUUCUGUCGGAGAUCAAUUGCGCUCUGAUGUUUAGAGAUGGGGAUCUUAUGGCAGUGCCCAUUCACCCCGCCCUGCACCGUCUUCCCCCCCCCCUUGCCCGCGAGUAUUUUGAACAAAGAGCCGUCAGCGCCUGCAAAGGAGGCCCCCGCCACGCAGCGCAAGAUGGACCCUCGGAUCAAUUACCGCGAGUUCAAAGUGGUGAGCGUGGUAUUCGGUCGCCCACGAGUCGUCGUCUUGUCUUCAUGGCGAGCCAGUGGAUAUGUCAGACGCAGAACUCGUACUGGGCAUUCGUGAAGGUAGUAAGGGACACGCUGCUUCCCGCCCUAUUUCGCUCGGACCCGUGGAAGCGGCAGGAUUCGUCGGAGCUUAAGAACAUGCGAAGAAAGAAGGAGGGGAGUACAGCGUCCUCUGGAUCAGACACUGAAGAGGAGGAGCAGAGGAGCACAAGCCACACCACAAGCAGCACGGAAGAGAGUCUGUCUAGCAGGAGCAGCAGCAGCGGCGAGUGGAGUGGUCUUGGCCAGAAGCGACCCUCUCGGCAUUUGCGUAGGAUUUCUGCAGCUGCUCGCGACAGGGAUCUCCACAGCAAGGAAGCGUACGGGGGCUAUGACGAUGAGCAGCGUAAGGAAGCACAAAAAAUCCUACAUUCAUCGACUGCUUCAGCAGCAGCAGCAGCAGCAGCAGCAGCAGCAGCAGCAGCAGCAGCAGCAGCUGCAGCUGCAAGACCAUCAGACCGCCAGCUGUCUCGCCGCAUGCACCAGCGAGGGGUGGCCCCUGCAGCAGCAGCUGCAGCAGCAGCAGCAGCUGCAGCAGUGGGAGCAGCUACAGCAGCUGCAGCGGCAGCAGGAGGAGAAUCAGAUGCGUCAGCAGGAGCAGCAGCAGCGUGUUGCAGUGCGUUGCUGGAAUAUCUCAGUUGGGCACAAGCGUCCAGCAAAGCUGCAGAGGCGACAGAGGCAGUCAGCCGUGCUGCUGCAGACGAAGGCAAGAAAGCGGAAGGGGAGGCAUUUGCGCAGGCAGCAGUACCAGACGCUGAUGAAGUGUCACUUCCCGAUGCAGGGGGAUUCGCAUCGGCUGCUGCUGCAGCACAGUGGAUGUUGCAGGGGGCACAUCAGUUUCGUGAGCGCAGGCGAAGGCAGCAACCGCAGCAGCAGCAACAGCUCAAGCAGGAACAAAGCCUUCCGCUGGUGUGGAUUGACUCCGACUCGCUGGUUGUAGUCAUUGACGAUGAGAGAGAGCAGCAGCAGCAGCAGCAGCAGCCCACAGAGGGGCAAACAGUCGAGCAAGCCGCUGCUGCCCUCAACUCCUCUGCAAUAAAUACAGUGGUUGGUGCUGCACCAGGCGUGAAUCACUCGGAUAAGGCUGCUGCCGCUAGUAGAACUGCGCGUGGAACGGGCUCCGCUGCAGCAGCAACUGCUGCUGCAACGGAGGCUUUGCCGCAUGCUGAAGCACUUCAGACUGCCGAUCGAGCAGCAGAGGCUGAGACUGCGACACUUCGGAAGCCUAGUGCUGUUGCUGUCACAGAAUUAUCACCAGUUGAAACGGAUGACACGUCUAACGCAGGUGCAACGCCGUGUUUGACGCAACUUCACGCAGAUGCUGCGCGUCUAGAGACGUUGGACACGUUGCUCCAUGCGAGAGCAGCAGGGGUUGCAACGAAGGCUAAAGUUUUACAGAGAGAACUCAAUGCGGCAAAAGCCGAACUGGCGCGCCUUCUCGCUCAGCGUGUAUGCGUUGGAUGCUGCUGCUGA